AUGUUGCUGUUAGUUCUCCGAGUCAGCAGAAGGUUAAUGUGAGUUAGCAGCAGCUGCUGAAUGCAUCAGGAGAUCAGAAGGCAGCAUCAGUCUGAAGGUUUAGAGGAGCAGCUGCUUCUUCAUAGGACAGCAGAACAGCAGCCAGCUGUGACCUCUGGUCCAGAUCCACAGAGGAGGGUCACCGGGCCGAGGUUCAUUCACCGCAAUCACAAGCAGCUUUAUUGCACAGAUGAGGAACGUGACUCUGGAUUGGACAAAGCUCCCGAUGUGCUGACUGACAGGCUGCAGUGUAGAGAACACAAGUAGACACACUGUGAACAACAACAGUGCAGGGAGGGAAUUAUUAUUAUGUACAUGAUACACAGAGCAAAGGAAGCAGGAAGUUAUGAGCCUGGUCCGGUUCUCCGCCGUCGUUCCCGGUCUGAAGUUCCACACCACAGCCUCUCCCAUGACGGGUGCGACGGUGCAGCAGUUCGAGGAGGCCAAGAGCAAACUGUCGGCGCUGAAGAACGACCCGGGCAACGAGGUCAAGCUGAAAAUCUACGCUCUCUUCAAACAG